AUGGCAGCACAACGGAUUGUAUGGUUCGUCUGGAUCCAACUUUUCCUUAAUACUUCCGAUGCAAUAAUGUCAGGUGGAAGGAAACUCACCACCAGCGACGAUGCUACUCAUCACCCUGUUUAUGACACAUCCAACCUUUUUGUUUCGAUGAUAAAGCUAAUCAUACAUAUAAACUACUGUACUUGGACAAAUUUUGCUCACACAGAUUUCAUAAACAUUGACUGCGGAGCAAGCAGUGGAUACCCUGAUCCACAAACAGGAAUCUCUUAUCAGACAAACAUAGGAUUCGUAGAAACAGGAACAAAUUUCAUGGUGGCAACUGAGAGCAGAUUGGACAUAGAUUUUCCUCUUUUUGGAAGACAACUCCAGACGUUGAGAAGUUUCCCAGAAGGAAAAAGAAACUGCUACACCUUGAAACUAAAACAGGCCGCCAAAAACAACAAUUACCUCGUCAGAGCUUUCUUCGCAUAUGGAAAUUAUGAUGCCAAAAAUCGAAGUCAAACAUUUGACUUGUACCUCAAUGUCGAUUUUUGGAAAACUGUGCAUUUUAACGAUGAGACUAGUGGUUAUGAAUUUGCAGAGAUUAUCCAUACUCCCACAACAGACACCAUCCUCGUUUGCCUAGUCAACACUGGCAGAGGAAUACCUUUCAUUUCUUCAUUGGAACUACGACCUCUUGGCAAUUCUAUUUAUCUGACUCGGUCUCCUUCUCAAUCAUUUUUAGUCCUUGACACGAGAGUUGAUGUCGGUUCCAUUCAGUCGACUUCAAGCUUGUUUAAAAGGUUUAAGGAUGACAUCUAUGAUCGUGUGUGGCGUGUGGACAGUAUUUUCAAAGAUGAAGGUUAG